AAAAUGCCGAAAUUGAAGUUACACCCUACAAAGACUUUUGUAAUAAACGUCAUGGUGAGUUUGUUGGUGGUGAGUGAGGUUUGUGUUGAAGCGAGAAGGAGGAAGUCUGGGAGGAGUGGUGGUGAUGAAGAGAAAGGAGGAUCUCAUUCUCUUGUGAUAUUAGUCCUUGGAAUCGCUGCAUUUAUUAUUUUGUUAUUAGUUGCUUGAUUCUUCUAUGUGAGAUACAAGAGAAGAGUAAGAAUUAGAAAGAGGAAAAUUCAAAUUGCAAGUCAGAACAAUUUGCAGGUUAUUCCAGGACAGAUGAUUAUUCCUAAUAAUGACUUAAGAGCUGAUAGAGUAAACAUAUCACCUUUAGAAAACACCCACGACCAAAUCCACCUCCCUCCCCUCAUCAACCCAAGCAUCCGCCCAAACAUCCCUCAACUCCCCCCACCAACCCCAUAUUUCCAACCUCCCCCCCAAUAUCCUCCAAAAGAACAUCUUCAAACCUAA